AUGGGCCUUCUGCUAUUUGGUCAUCAAAGAAAGCCACUCGCCUUUCACCUAGCCCCCGGCGCAAAUCCGAUGAGUCCUAACGAUAGCUAUAAGGCUUUCACUCUUACCACCACCAACCCCCACCUCAACGACGCGUCCGCCGACCGUCUGCACCUAUUCCCACCACCCCAAACCGCACCGAUACGCUUUGAUACUAUGUUCCGUGGCUUGCUAUGGCCCGAGGCUGUGAGGCGCGACCGUGCCAACAAUGUCUCAUUCACCUUUGAUAGCCCCAGCCGACUUGCCACCGUUCCAGAUGCCACUGAAGCCUUGCUUUCCACAAGUGACAUGAGCUUGGAGUCAUGUUUUGAUCGCGCAGAGUUGGACGAGGUAGACGAUGAAGACAACUGCAAAGGAGGUGAAGACGACUGCGAGGAAGGUGACGCCCACAGAGAAGAUCAACAAGCGGGCGAUGGUGUCCACACCACCAACCCCGAUGAAGCACAUGGCCCCUGCCACCAGGACGACGACAACGAAUUUGAAGACCUGUGGCAUCGCGCCUGGCAAGGCGACGACGACUCACAAUAUGCAUCCACCUCACACCACCACCAAGCUGAGCGCUCAAUAGCAGAAGACGACCAGCACCUAGGCCACCACGACUCGCCCAUCGCAGACGACGAAGGAAGGGUCGCCACCCAACAUGAUCCAGAAAGACACCAAAGCCACUACACCCCCAGCCCUGAAAGUAGUCACCGCCAGGACCAGCGCACCGAUCCCGAAGUUGACGAAGUCGAUGAGCACCAGUGGCAGACGAGGGCGACAGAAGAGGGAAUCGCUAAAGACUUCGACACGUCCAGAAGAUCCCACGACGAUGGCGACGACAGCUUCAUCUACGACGAAGUGCCACAAGUCGAGUCGCAGGAGUACUACUCCGAUUCAGACGCAGAGGAUGAAGCAGAGGAGCGAGAACGGGCAGAAGAACUCGAGCGGCGGUUCCAGACGCUUUAUAGUCGCCCUUACCAGAACAUUAUUCCACCAGUACACCCCGAGCCUGGGAUCCGCGAGCCCCGCGAGUCCUGGAGCGCCAUUGGUCGCGUGCCAACAGUCGUCCUAAUCGCGGGGCGAGAGAUCCAGCCGGGGAACGGCCUCUCGCGUGUUGUGUACGUGAGAUCCGUUGGCGAGCAGGUCAACGGGUACGGGUUGGAAAGAGGUUCGGUGUGGGCGAUGAAGACGUUUGGAUACUUCGACCGAGAGGAGGACCCGGAGGCAUAUGCAAGAAGGGAGCUCCACAUCCAAUCGGAGCUGCAGGCAUACGACGAUGCCUUUGUGUUCGAACUCAUGCAUGCCGACUUGCGCAUGCUACUCAACGAGGGCCGCAUCCACCGGAGUGAUUGCCCUCGUUUUCUGGCACAAAUGGCCAUCGGCAUCGCGACGUUACACUCCGUCGGGAUCAUCCACCGGGACAUCAAGCCCGAAAAUAUCCUCAUCGACGCAAAGGGAAACGUCAAGAUCACCGACUUCGGUUUGAGCUUCGUCACGAAGCUCCACUGCCCAGUUCCUGCGGGCCACGACUUCACUGAGCGGGGUGAAGACAACUGGCAGCGAGGCCUAGUCGGAACGAGGGAGUACAUGGCUCCGGAGAUGAUUCGAAUGUCGAAGACGAUCCUCGAGAUCGACUACUUCUCUCUGGGUUGUGUGUUCUUCGAGAUGUUGACAGGAAGAACUCUCUUUGACAUCGUAGAUUUCGAGCUUGAGCGAUGGAUCCGAACGUGGAAUGGCGGGAAGAACACCCAGCUGUGGUACUUGGGCGGAAAAAUUCCAGAUAUGGAUCCGAGAGACCCCACCGUGGACCUUCUUCGUGGGCUUCUAUGCGUCGAGCCCACCCAGCGCUACGGGAUCGCAAGAAUCAUCCCUCACGCAUACUUCCUCGUCGACGAAGACCGCCAAGGGUCGGAGUUCGACUACAUCGAACAGGCGUACAACAGGCGUGACAUUUUCGACCUAAUCCCCGAGGAUGGCUUCUCAGGGACAACAACGCGCCACACCUUCAUACCUGCACUGCGUAAGUACGGCGGAUGGCUAAACCCGUCAGGGUUUUUCCUCGUGGGACACGAAUAA